AUGUCAUAUCGAGGAGAAAAUUCAACCAUCCGCAAUCGUUUAGGUGCACGUGGUGGUCGUGAAGGUGGCCUUGGAGGUGGCCAUGGAAGUGGCCAUGGAGGUGGUCGUGGAGGUGGCCUUGGAGCUGGUCCACGGGUCACCCAACACACACAUGAUACCUUUGAUGAUGAUGAAACUCAAGGUCCAGACUCUCAAGAGUUGGUUCCUGAUUCACAAGAAUAUGAAGAAUCUGAGAAUACUGGAGUGAUUUGGAUGGCACCGGGUGAACUUUGGUUUGAUCAUAGUUCCAUUUCCCGGGAUAUUACUAACGUCAUCCAGCAAUAUUUCAAGAGUCCUUGGACGUGUUACACCCAAGUUGACAAGGAUACAAAAGAGCAUUGGUUCACCUUGUUCAAGAGAACCUAUAAAUGGUUGCCUGAGUUUGAUCACCUUGCUGUGCAUGAUUACCAUGCAAAUGCAUUCAAACGAGUCAGGGACAUGCAUUACCAGGUCACAAAAAGAAUGAGUGGGAGGAAGCCAGUUUGGAUGCCUGAUGAAGUGCAUGCAGAAAUGAUGAAGUUUGUGGAUGUUGAUGGUGAAUUCAAGAAAAGAUCUGAGCGGGCCAAGAAAAAUAGGAGAGGGGGUUCAUUGACCAACAAGGUCGAACCCUCACAUUUCCAAGGUUCCAUUUCAACAACUGAGGCUGCAAAGAAGAUGGCAAAGGAAAAUGGAGGUAAAAUGCCUACAGCCGGUGAAUUGUACUUGAAGACGCACACGAAGGAGGUGCCGGGUAAAGGGAAAGUCCUUUGUAGUAGCAAAGCAAAGCAAAUCAAGGAAGCAUACGAAAAGAAUGUUGCUGAAUGCCGUGAAAAAGGCAUUAAUAAAGAUCCCAAUCAAAUCUACUUUGAGACAGUAGGUGGGAGAAAAAAGGGAAAAGUUCCUGGUCUAGGGAGUGGAGCAGCUCUAUAUUAUGAACCAUCUACUAGAAGGGGUGGUAGUUCUUCUAGCUCAUACACUCCAUCUAUGUAUUCUCAACUCUCAGCCCGUUUGGAAGAAACUCAACAACAGCUGUCUCAAAAAUCCAUUGAGUUUGAAACAACAAAAGCUGAGAUGAUAAAAGCUAUGGAUGAUGAGAGACUCCAGAGGCAAAGGGAGAGAGAAGAAGAGCGAAAGGAGAGAGAACAAGAGCGACUAGAGCGUCAGAGGGACGUCGCCGAGUUGAAAAGGACAAUGGAGUCCUAUGAGAGGAUGUUCAGUCAGUGUUCUGGUUUUCCUUUCUCGCAGUCGCAGGACCCUCGAGAUCCCAGUGGCGGCGGGAAACCUUUGUGCUAGGUAGUUAGUAUUUAUUUAUGAGUUUGAACUAAUUGUGCUAGGUACUUAGUAUUUAUGUAUGUAUGAGUUUGAACUAAUUGUGCUAGGUACUUAGUAUUUAUGUAUGUAUGAGUUUGAACGGAUUGCAACAUGUUUAACAGGUUUGAACUAAUUGCAAUAUGUUUAACAGGUUGGAACAUCAACAUGAGUUUUGUUGGUUGAGUUUGAACAGGGUUGUCAUACGAUUGUACAGGUCAUAAGACAAUUGUUCCUGCAUACUAUUUGC